CUCAGAACAUUUAUUCUUAAAAUGUGAAUGUGAAAUGUGAGACCUCGUUACACAAGCCAUUGUUUAUAAAUGGGAACUUUAAAGUUUGCUAUAAUUAUUCCACCCAAGACGCCUGUGAAACACUGGAAAUCACAAAACUGCUGAUUAUUUCUAGAUCUGUGCAGAACUAAGAGUUUAUUUGAUUGAGCAAUAAUUUUUAUUUAUGGAAGACCUCAGAAAGAUUGCAAGAAACACAGAGGAGCUGAGGGACUGCUGAAGGAUCUCUUCUAUUUAGCCCAUGAUGAGUCACUCUUCAAGGCCAAACAUCCAAACAAUGCUGAAAUUCCUAAUGCUUCUUCAGCUGGCCUUGGAGGUCUCGCUGCAAGAAACCUCCACAUCAAGUACUUCUCCUCAAGACUCGCUCCAAAAUGCAUGCACAUUAAUUAUGUGUGCACCUAACAAAGGGGAUCCCAGGAGAGAAAAGGCCAUUCAAGGAUUUCAACAGUUUUCAAGUCCAUCAGAACUUCUGGCUCUCUCUGCACUAAACAGAGAUAAACUGGGGACAGGAACAAGUGAGCUUGAACUUCUUAAAUUGCAAAUGAAAGAACUUCGGAUUCAGUUGGACAUUUUCAAAGCUACCUUCAUCAAAGUUCAACAAGCGAUCCUGGCUCCCAAUGGAAGGAUUGUUGAUGAGAAAAUGUUCAAAAGAGAUGACUCUAAAGGAGAUUUCCAGGCCGCUACCACCAAAUGCGCACACAUGAAUAGCAAACUUGCCUUGCCAAGGAAUGUGGCAGAGAACAGCGCCCUCCAAGGAAUAGUAGCAUUUCGUAAUGAACAGGCAAUUCUGGGAAUCAUUUACAACACAGCUAAAAAGAAGUUUGAAGAUCUCAAUGGCCAUCCCCUACAAUUUUUCAACUGGGCUCCAGGAGAACCAAAUAACCUUGGCUACGAAAAAUGUGUGGAAAUGCACCCAAAUGGCCAGUGGCAUAAUCGAAUUUGUGAUCUCGGCUGGUCAAUCAUCUGUGAAGUUGACAUCUAAUGGAAAUUGGAUUAGGGGAAAGAAAAGAAUUCCACCAUAGAGUUGAAAAAGAAAGCUUAUUCUGUAGUUCACACAUACAGUCUAGCAUUUGGCAAGUAAGUCCUAAUCCAAUAGCUUCCCCUGUUUUCAGCAAGGAGAUCUGGAGUCAAGUUUGACUCCAUUGACUUCAGCCUUAUUAUUCCAAUGGAAGUUGCCUUUUAUCACUUAAACCAAUCAUCUUGGAAUCCUUCCUCAGUCCUCCACUGAAAUAGUGACCAGACUUGAUGCUGCUUAGCUUUUACAACUCAGUGUCCAAUAGAUGUUGCCAUCUUCCAAGUCUUCUCUAGCUUAGCCUAGAUAGCAAAACCGGCAUAGAAAUGUAGCAGUUUAUAGAUCUAUUUUUCUUCCAUUUCUAAAUAAAUGCAUUUCCUACCAGCA